CGCGCCGGGCUGUGCGCGGCCCCGCCCCUGCGGGGUGUGUCUCGUCCGCGCGGCGCUCCAAGGGCAGGCGGUGAUGGCGGCUGUGGCGGCGGUGGCGCGGGGCGGCCUGCGCGGGGCCCUCCUGGCGCAGCAACAGCGCUGGAGCUCGGGGUCGGGCGCCGACCAGCUGGGUGAGCUAGGCAAAGGCGCCGGGAAGGGCGGCGGCGGCGGCGGCGCCAUCCGCGAGGCGGGGGGCGCCUUCGGGAAGAAGCAGGCGGCCGAGGAGGAGCGGUACUUCAGGGAGAAAGAGAGGGAGCAGCUCUCUGCCUUACGGAAACACCACGAGGAGGAGAUUGAUCACCACAAGAAAGAGAUAGAGCGUCUGCAGAAAGAAAUUGAGCGUCAUAAGUAUAAGAUCAAGAAGCUCAAAGAUGAUGACUAAGCAGAUGCUGUCAUUGAAUGUCAUUUGCUGUGCUUAGCCGAUCAAUACUGAUUGUGGUGUGAAACAGCAUUGAAGACUGUAUGCUUUGGCCAACGUAAUCCAAAUCCAUCCAAUUAUACUGUGGUCUGCAACAUGUCAAAUAAACUACUCGGUCUCUCUUU